AUGGACCCCUUUGAUGCCUCUCGCUCGCCUUCGCCCCCCAAUAUGGACCCGUCCAGUGAUGACGGCGAGCCGACCUGGAGGUUAUUUUUCGACCCGGAAGAAGUCGCUGAUAUGGACGAUGACGAAUUCGACCCUGAUUUCCAAGAUGAGCCUGAUGAAGACGAUGACAAUGAUAGCGACUACCACGAUGCCGACGACGGUGGUGACGGCAACGUCGAAGUUCAAGUGCUGAUGGAUGCGGAAGACGACGACGACGACGAGGAGGAAACUUUUGGCGGAGUCGGGGGCGACAACACGAUUUCGAGGAUAGUAUCCCUAAUCACUGGUGCAGGCAAUGGAAACGGAUUCCUGACGAGGGCUCAACUGCUCAGUCUGAUCCAGAGUGGCGAUGUCACACUCCGCAGCACUCUAGACGACGACGAAGAUGACGACGAGGACCUGGCUUGGGGCGUAGGAGCGCGAAGGAGGCGACGUCGGAGAGAGCCAGUCAACUUUCCCAAGGUACCCAGCGACGAAGGGACGAAGCUCAUGCACUCCGGUGUGUUCGGCGCAAAUAGGUAUCGCGUGACGAAGAAACAGUUGGCCAGGAGGAUUCUGGAUCGCGAGUUGGGACUGGGCGAGCACCGUGACCGACAACAAAACCAGGAUCUCAUGGCUCAAGGCAUGAUCCCGUCGACGAAGCCGGAGAUGAUCGUACACUACGACGACCCUGUCUACUGUGGGCAGUUUUCCGACGACGGCAACUUCUUUUACUCCUGUGGACAUGACUUCAAAGUUCGAAUGUACGACACGUCGAAUCCGUACAAUUGGAAGUAUUACAAGACGGUUGAAUAUCCCUUUGGUCAGUGGACCUUGACCGACGCAUCCCUGAGCCCCGACAAUCGUUGGCUCGCGUACACGUCGAUCCAGAGCAACGUAUGCCUCGCACCUACAGACCCGAAUGACACAGGAGAUCCGUACACACUCGACCUUGCCGAAGGCGGGGGGCUGAGACACGCCGGAUGGCGCUCGCGGCAUUCUUUCGGAAUUUGGUCCGUCAGGUUUUCCGGUGACGGCCGAGAGCUGAUAGCCGGUACUAACGCGCAAUCCAUUGUUGUUUACGACAUCGAAUCGCGAAGAGUACUUCACAACGUUUUGGGCCACGAGGACGACGUAAACGCAGUCUGCUUCGCAGACAAGUCGUCUCCGCACAUUCUGUACUCUGGCUCUGACGACGCCACAAUCAAGGUCUGGGACCGACGUAGCAUGGGAGACGGGCGGCCAGCAGGCGCAUUCGUCGGUCACGUAGAGGGCUUGACGUACAUCGACAGCAAAGGCGACGGUCGGUAUAUUCUGAGCAACGGAAAGGACCAAACCAUGAAGCUAUGGGAUCUCAGAAUGGUCAUGUCGAUGUCCAAGUUCGACGAGGACGACCCCACAAGGCACACUGGGCACAGCGGCUUCGACUACAGGUGGGGAACAUACAGGGACGAGGACUGGUACCCUCACCCCAAUGACAACUCCCUAGUCACUUUCAGGGGCCACCGGGUGAUGCGCACACUGAUCCGCUGCCACUUCUCGCCGCCGUCCAGCACCAACUCUCGAUACGUCUACUCGGGCAGUCAGGAUGGAAAGGUCUACAUCUGGAACCUGGAUGCCACGUUGGCUGGUACCAUUGACGUAAGAAAGGCGACGAAGAACUCGCGACCUCUCGAGCGCAGAUAUCGCAUCUACCAUGGCGAUGAGUUGUCAAACUGGAACACGUGCGUGCGCGACGUAAGCUGGCACCCCAAUGCGCCAGUACUCGUCGCUUCUGCAUGGAACGGCUUCAACAUGGCUCACGGAUCAUGCACUCUGCACUCAUACAACGAAGCGGAGGAAGACGAGGCGGACCCAGAAAUGGGUCGCAAUGUAGACGAGAAGCUGCGUCCAGUCGGCAACGGAACCUACAUGUAA